CAGGAGUCUAUGGCUUGUAAUUGAUGCGCCAAGGUUUUCAAGUGCGGUGAGGAGUAUGCUACAACUGAAGGAUCAACUGCAUACAUUUCUUCGAUGUGGCAUCGGAGAUGGAAACACAGCCUUGUUUUGGUAUGACUAUUGGGCUGAGCUGGGUCCAUUGCAUCUUCUUUUCGGAACCACGGGUUCUCGUUCUCUUAGGAUCCCCCUUACUGCCACCGUCUCUCGGGCAGUUACUAAUGGCCACUGGAAUCUCCCUCCGGCUCGCUCUGAUUUCGCUGAAACUCUUCAAGUCAUCCUGUCGACGACGACGGUUCCUACCUCUACUAGCGGUGCUGACGUUUACUUAUGGAGACUUAGCUCUGGUGGUUUUGGACCUUCUUUCUCCUCUCGGGUUACUUGGGAGAGAUUGAGAGUCGCUACUCCAAUGGUACCGUGGCAUACAGUGGUUUGGUUCAAAGAGGAAAUACCGAGAUGUUCUUUCAUUUCUUGGACUGCUUUCCUUGGUAGACUUCCGACUCGGGAUCGUCUCAUUUCCUGGGGUCUUUCAGUCCCGCCAGGUUGUGCUCUCUGUUCUUUAGCAGAUGAAUCUAUAUCACAUCUGUUCUUUCUUUGUCCAUUUGCGGUUGCUAUUUGGACUCGUUUUUGUGGCAGGUACUUGGCGUCAAGGCCCACCUCCCUCGCCGACAUUGUUCGCCUGUGCCAGCAGCUUUCCGGACCUCAUGCCUCCCGUGCGGUGAUUGUGCUGAAGCUUCUGAACCAAGUCAUCAUCUACAGUCUGUGGCGCGAGAGAAACACCCGCAUCUUCACAGGAGUAUCAUCGACGCAGGAGGCGAUUUUCAGAAGGGUGGACCGUGCUAUGAGAGAUCGUUUGCUGUCAUUAUCUCGGCCUACUGCUUCUGCACCUUCUCCCUCUUUGCUUGAACUUUAUUUCUGGUUUCUUGACCCUUAUAGUUAA